AUGUCGCUUUCCUGUGCCAAAAACUUCUUCCAGAGGUUCUGGCUAGAUGAAUUCCAAAUGGGAAAUAUUCCUCAUGGAAGCUUUUUGGCCAAUGAUGAUCUCCUGCCAUCUCUUGGAGCUAGAAUUAACCAGGAAACUAGACUUAGAAAAUACGUAAUCUCCCCUUUCAACCCUCGCUAUAGGGCUUGGGAGUUGUUACUGGUUGUUCUAGUCAUAUACUCGGCUUGGAUAUGCCCAUUUGAGUUUGCCUUUCUGCCUUACAAGGAAGAUGCUCUAUUCAUCGUAGACAACAUUGUCAACGGCUUCUUUGCCAUUGACAUAGUGUUGACAUUCUUUGUUGCAUACCUUGAUCACCAAUCAUACCUUCUUGUCGAUGAUCCAAAGAGGAUUGCAAUCAAGUACCUAUCUACAUGGUUUGCUUUUGAUGUCUGCUCGACAAUACCGUUUCAAUCCUUCAGCUUCCUCUUCAACAAUCAUACCAGUGAGCUUGGCUUCAAAGUUUUUAACAUGUUUCGGUUAUGGCGGCUGAGACGAGUCAGUUCUCUGUUUGCAAGACUUGAAAAGGACAUUCGAUUCAAUUAUUUCUGGACCAGGUGCACAAAGCUCAUUGCUGUGACCUUGUUUGCAGUGCACUGUGCGGGAUGCUUUAACUAUCUCAUUGCAGAUAGGUACCCAGAUUCCAAAAGAACCUGGAUUGGUGCAGUGUACCCAAAUUUCAAAGAAGAAAGUCUUUGGGACAGAUAUGUCACCGCAAUAUACUGGUCCAUUGUCACUCUUACUACCACUGGCUAUGGGGAUUUACAUGCCGAGAACACCAGAGAGAUGUUGUUUGAUAUCGCUUACAUGUUGUUCAACUUGGGUUUAACAUCAUAUAUCAUUGGAAACAUGACGAAUCUUGUAGUCCACUGGACCAGCCGAACCAGAAAUUUUAGAGACACAGUCAAAGCAGCUUCUGAAUUUGCUUCAAGAAAUCAUUUGCCCCAUCGCAUACAGGAUCAAAUGUUGUCACAUAUAUGUUUGAAGUUCAAAACAGAAGGACUGAAGCAGCAAGAAACAUUGAAUGAACUUCCAAAGGCAAUUCGUUCAAGCAUUGCACACCAUCUGUUUUUUCCUGUCGUGCAAAAGGUCUACCUUUUCCAAGGAGUCUCUCAUGAUUUCCUUUUCCAACUGACUUCAGAUAUGGAGGCUGAAUUUUUCCCACCUAAGGAAGAUGUGAUACUACAAAACGAGUCUUCUACGGAAUUUUAUGUGCUGGUCUCAGGGGCAGUGGAUCUGGUUUGCUACACCGAUGGGCAUGAUCAUGUUCAUGGUAAGGCAGUUGCAGUAGAUGCGUUUGGAGAGAUUGGAGUUUUAUACCAGAUACCACAGCCUUUCACAGUUCGGACCACAGAACUUUCUCAGAUUUUAAGACUCAACAAAACAUCCUUAAUGAAUGUUUUACAAGCAAAUCCACGAGACGCACAAAUUAUGAUGGAUAACCUUUUAAUGAGGUUAAAGGGGCGUGGAGAUUUUGGCUUUGAGUAUCCAUGCACAGAUUCUGGGCUGUUUCCAAAUGAACUGCUUCAAGGAGGUCACACGAGAGGAAGCUUUUCUCACGAAUGUACAAAUAAUUCACAUGAGCAUUCAGUAAUGCAUGAAGGAGAGUGCACAGAUAUUAGAAACUCAGAGACAAGUUUGUGUCAGCUGACUAAUGAUCAUUCAGUAACUAAACAUAGGAUGAUGCCAGAGCAUGAUACCAGAGAACCUCGUGCCCCCGCACACAAAGGGAAUUUAGACAUUGUUGAAAUUCUGCUUGAAAGAGACGCAAACCCUAACCUAAAUUCCAUAGGGUGGACACAAAAUGCUCUCGCAAAACAGCCCAAAAACAAGGGCAUUUGUGCCCAAAAAUUGAGUUUAGAAAACGAGAAGUUAGAUGAAAUUAGAAUAGAGAUAGCGGAGCCAGAAAUCCUCCUUGACAGGGAUAGCUCAACGAGAAACAGAAAACAUGAUGGUAUUAUAUCUACCAAGUUCCCAAAAGAAAAAAUAAACACAAAAUCCAUUUUUAGAAAUUCUAACUGUCCAAGUGAUAGCAAAUCGGCAAGGCUCCCCAAGAAGAGAGUAACAAUCCAAUUGCUACAUGGAUGCAGGAGUACCUCACAGGGAAGCCAUGGAAAAUUAAUAAUCCUGCCUGAUUUAUUAGAAGAGCUACUCAAAGUUGCUGGCGAAAAAUUUGGCGGCUUCAAUCCUACAAAAGUAGUAAAUACAGAGAAUGCAGAGAUAGAUGACAUAAAUGUCAUCCGUGAUGGAGAUCGUCUCUUUCUUCUGUGCAACGAUAACGAAAUUCGUGUUCAUGAUGCCUCAGAAGAUAGAUAG